AUGGGAAGAGGGAGCGGCGCCUGGGCGAGGGGGCGCGCACACCCGCGGACGCUGCUCUUUGCCUUGCUGCUGCUACUGCUGCUGCAGCUGCCUUUGUUCUGCCGGGCGCUCUCAGAGCAGCUCCGCUACAGGAUCCGCGAGGAGAUGCCCGUGGGAACGGUGGUGGGGCACCUCGCCAGGGACCUGGGCAUCAGCGUCCCCGGGGUAGCGGCUCGCAAACUGCGCCUGAGUUCCGAGAAGCCUUACCUGAGCGUGCGUGCCGAGAGCGGGGAGCUGGUGGUGAGCGGCAGGCUGGACAGGGAGCAGCUCUGCGGGAGGAAGCCUGCCUGCUCUCUGGAGCUGGAGGCUGUGGCUGAAAACCCGCUAAACUUCUAUCACGUGAACGUGGAAGUUGAGGACAUUAAUGACCACGCGCCCAAAUUCACCCAAAGUUUCUUUGAGCUACACAUCAGUGAGUCUGCUCAUCCAGGGGCACGAUUCAUAUUGGAAGCUGCAGAAGACUCCGAUAUUGGCUUAAACGCUCUACAGAAUUAUCAACUGUCUCCUAGUGCUAGUUUCUCCUUGAUAAAUAAGGAGAAAGAAGACGGCAGUAAAUACCCGGAACUGGUACUGGAGAAAUCCCUGGAUCGGGAAGAACGAAGUGAGCACAGGCUAGUCCUGACGGCCUGGGACGGCGGAGACCCGGCCCUAAGCGGGACCGCUGAGCUGAGGAUCAGGGUCACUGACGCCAACGACAACCCCCCUGUGUUCACCCAGGAGGUGUACAGGGUCAGCCUUCGGGAAAACUCGCCCCGGGGCACCGUGGUGCUGCAGGUGUCAGCCAGCGACCAGGACGAGGACGUCAACGCAGAAAUCACAUAUUCCUUCCAGAGAACUAGCCAGGUCUUUGAUCUGAAUCCCAAGAGUGGGGAAAUGACUACUCGGCGAUCGCUGGACUAUGAAGAAACCAAGGAGUAUUCCCUAGUAGUGGAAGGCAGAGAUGGUGGGGGAUUGGUUGCACAAUGUACAGUUGAAAUUAAAAUUCAGGAUGAAAAUGACAACAGCCCAGAAGUCAGGUUCCACUCAGUCCUGGACAUGAUUCUGGAAGAUUCCGUGCCUGGAACACUAAUAGCUCUGAUCAAGGUAUAUGACAAGGAUUCCGGGGGAAAUGGGGAUGUUAAUUGUGAAUUAGAAGGUGAUGUCCCUUUUAAGAUAAUCUCCUCGUCCAAAAUUUCAUACAAAUUGGUGACAGAUGGAGUCCUUGACCGGGAACAGACUGCAGAGUACAAUGUCACCAUCACGGCCACUGACAGAGGCAAGCCACCACUCUCCUCAAGCUCAAGUGUCACAGUGCACAUUGGCGAUGUCAACGACAACGCGCCUGUCUUCCAGCAGCCCUCCUACGUGGUCCACGUGGCAGAGAACAAUCCCCCAGGAGCCUCCAUCGCGCAGGUCAGCGCCUCCGACCCAGAUCUGGGCUCCAAUGGGCAGGUCACCUACUCCAUCGUGGCCAGCGACCUGGAGGCACAAACGCUGGCGUCCUACGUGUCAGUGAGCGCACACAGUGGCGUGCUGUUCGCGCAGCGCGCCCUGGACCACGAGCAGCUGCGCGCCUUCCACCUCACGCUGCAGGCCCGCGACCAGGGCUCGCCCGCACUCAGCGCCAACGUGAGCGUGCGCGUGCUGGUGGGCGACCGCAACGACAACGCGCCGCGCGUGCUGUACCCGGCGCUGGCGCCCGACGGCUCGGCGCUCUUCGACACGGUGCCGCGCGCCGCCGAGCCCGGCUACCUGGUCACCAAGGUGGUGGCGGUGGACGCCGACUCUGGCCACAACGCCUGGCUGUCGUACCACGUGCUGCAGGCCAGCGAGCCCGGGCUCUUCAGCCUGGGGCUGCGCACGGGCGAGGUGCGCACAGCGCGCGCCCUGGGCGACAGGGACGCGGCCCGCCAGCGCCUGCUGGUGGCUGUGCGCGAUGGCGGGCAGCCGCCGCUGUCUGCCACCGCCACGCUGCACCUGGUCUUCGCGGACAGCCUGCAGGAGGUGCCGCCGGACCUGAGUGAGCACGCGGCGCCCUCGGACCCUCAGGGCGAGCUGCAGUUUUACCUGGUGCUGGCCUUGGCCGCCAUCUCCGUGCUCUUCCUGCUCACGGUGAUCCUGGCCAUCGCGCUGCGCCUGCGCCGCUCCUCCAGCUCCGCAAUGGGAGGCUGCUUCCAGCCUGGUGCUGUCUGUUCAAAAUCUGGCCCCGGAAUGCCUCCCCGCUACAGCGAGGGCACCUUGCCCUAUUCCUACAACCUGUGCGUUGCCCACACGGGAAAGACGGAGUUUAGUGUUCUAAACACUAGUGAGCAGUUGAGCACAGGACAAGACAUCCUCUGUGGUGACCCAUCCGGGUCCUUGUUUCCGCUUAGCACUCCCAGCGAGCCGACCUCCCAACCCGAGAUUCUAACACCGGUGAGUUUCACUUAUGAUUGUACCUCCUUUCCAGCUUCCAUCUAAUUUUCUAAA